AUGGUCGGUAAGCAAGUAGCUGGUGAAGCGAUGGCUGAUGAGUCUGCAAUCAAGAAGGGCGCAGCUGAUAAAGCUGAGGCUGAUGUUGUGGAGCUAAUAGCAAAAGCUGACGAGCAGGUGGCUCAUGAGACUGUUGCUGAGCUAGGCGAAGCCAUGGAUGUCGCAGUUGAUCAGGCGAAAGCUGAGGAGGUCAUUGACCAGUAG